AUGCUUUUUGAUGUUGCGACAUCCGAUCCUAACUGUUCCCUGGUGUCCGUCAAGGGCGUCAUUCAUGAUGCGUUCAAGGAAGAUAUCAAAGCGGGACUGAAGACAGGAGACAGCCUUGACGUAAACCGUCUGGUUUGUGGAACCGCAUUCCUAUGGGACCCUGGAACAUUACUACGCUGCUUGCAUUAUCAUCGAACUGUUUGUUCAGUAUGGAUCACCUUCUUACCCAUAUUUGAUUCCCUUAAGUCUCUUGCUUUACUUUGUUUAUCUUUGUUUUCUUUCAUUGUUUUUUUAAUAUUUUAUUCCAUUAAUUUUCCUUUUUUUUUCUUCGUUCUUGAUUUCUUUCUUUUUCUGUCAUUUUUUUCUUUAUCUUCUACUUUAGAUUUGAUUCAGUUGAUUUUUUUGCUCACCUUCUUUUCUUCGUUGAUGCUUUCUUUCUUCUAUUGCCGUUUUAUAUAUAUAUAUAUUAUUCCCUUAAUUUUCUUCUCUUUUUCUUCGUUCACGCUUGUUUUUUUUUUCUUUCGUUCUUUUCUUUUUCUGUCGUUUUUCUUUCUUCUUUUCUAUUUUAGAUUUUAUUCCAUUGAUUUUCUUGCUAUCCGUUUUUUCUUUUUUUUUCCUUCUUUUCUCUCUUUCUUCUUUUCUUUCUGUCUUACUUUUUACGUUCAUUUUAUAUUUCAUUCGUUUGAUUCUUUUUUUGUUUUCCUUUUUAUUCUUUCAAACUUUUUUCUUUUUCUUUCUUUGAUUUUUUUUAGAUUUUAUUCCCUUAAAAUUUUUCUUCUUCGUUUUUCCUUCAUGUUCUCUCUUCUGUCUGUCUUACUUGUUCUUUCUUUUGGUUUCUUUCUUUUUUUUUGUCUGUCUUACAAUUUUUACAUGUUUACUAUUUUAAAUUUUAUUCCAUUAAUUUUCUUGGAAUUUUUUUUAUUCUUUCAACCUUCUUUUUCUUUCUUUCUUCCUUCCUUUCUUUCUUUCUUUCUUUCUUUCUUUUUUCAUUCACAAAUUCAUAAAUUAAUCUAUUCUUCUUUUAUACUAAUCUUUAAUUCGUUUCCUUUUUUAUUUUUCCCUAUUCUUUUUCUUUCUUUACUUUUUUUCCACUUCUUUCGUUCUCCUCGGUCUUCAUCCUUUCGAUUCUACAUUUCUCUCUUUCAUUAUUUCUUUUCGUUCUAUCUUACUUUUUUCUGUUUCUACGAUCCUAUAAAGAUAUUUAUCUAUAUUUUUCCGUGUGUAUUAGUGUAUGUGUAUAUUUAUGUGGUAUAUAUUUUAUCACACACAGAGAUCUAUCUAUCUAUCUAUCUAUCUAUCUAUCUAUCUAUCUAUCUAUCUAUCUAUCUAUCCUAG